AAAAAUAACCAAUGCCAUUCACUCACUUCAAAGAACUAAACUUCAAUUCUAAGCCACAAACAUCACAUGGGGCAAUCCCAAAAUAUCUCUUUCAUAAAUAUACACUGUAACCACAUUGGCUCUUAGGAAAAGAGUUAUGGAGCUCAAAUUUGUGAAGGUAUUGGCUCUUGUAGUCUUGUUGAAUAUCAUAGCUUUGGCUUGUGUUUCAUCUGUCAAACCGAGUUGCCCUCCGAAGGUUCGACCAUCACCUGCUACCACUCCGGCAACGCAGGCGAAGUGCCCGAAAGAUACACUAAAGUUUGGGGUUUGUGGGAGCUGGCUUGGGCUGAUAUCCGAGCAGAUUGGAGCAAAACCAAGCAAGAAAUGUUGUAGUUUGUUGACGGGAUUGGCCGAUCUCGAAGCUGCAUUGUGCUUGUGCACUGCGUUGAAAGCGAAUGUGCUGGGUGUUGUUAGCCUCGAUGUGCCUAUUGCUCUUAGUUUGGUUGUAAAUUCAUGUGGAAAAAGUAUUCCACAAGGCUUUGUCUGUCCUUAAAUUAGAGAGAUUAAGUUCAUGUUGUUUGUCUCAUGUUAACUUGUUGUUUGAUUGUAAUCUUUGAUUAAGUAAAAAUCUUGAGCGUUUUGUAUUUAUAUUUUA